UAUGCUCGUACAGCAACAGCAGCAACAGCAACAACAACAACGGCAACAAGUAGUAAAUCAGCAACAACAGCAAUGCAACGAUGAUAACAUACAGCGACAACGAAACGUACAACAGCAACGGCUGCCGAACAAUAUGCAAGUCAACGGUACGGUGCAACAAAAGCCUCCAAAGCAGCAGCAACGUCAGCCGGAGUCUCCAAUACGGCAGCAGGCGUCUCAGCAGAUAUCAAACCCGAAUACAAAUCCAAACACAAAAAGUAGGACAUACAGCCAAGUAGCCCGUGGUGUUGGUGGUGUUAAAAUCCGUAAUCCUGCAUCAAGGCAUCUUGAAAAGCUACAGGAGCAGCUUCGUACGGAGCAGCAGCAAAAACGGCAGCAACAACAACAUCCGUGGCAGCAACAGGAACACUAUCGCCAAAUCCAGCAGCGCCAUCAAGAGCAGCGCCAUCCUCAGCAGCAGCAGCGCAACCAAAACCAGCAGCAGCGUAUCCAAAACCAACAGCAGCGCUUCCCAAGUCAACAAACCCAACAACAACAACAACAGCCCACGCGAAUUGUACAGGUGCCAACACACAACGAGCAAUCACAACAACAGCAGCAACACCAAACUCCGCAGAUUGAUUGUCCGCUUAUGAGAGCGUUGGAGCGGAACGCCAAUAUCGUCGAGGAGAUGGGUAAAAAGAUUGAUAAUUUACUAAAUGUAUUAUUUAAAUUUGUCGCCAAUACGUUUAAAAAUGCCCAACCAUUACAUAUGCCCAUGCCUAUACAGAAUAGUACCAUUGUAGAAAAUAGACCUAUUGAUAGCGAUUGUCAAAUGGCAGGCAGCCACACUAUGUAUGAAGCCAAUGACACGAAUAAUAAUGAAUAAUCUGAAUAGUAGCCCUAAUAAUUUGAAUACAACUUCUACCACUAAUAGCAACUUAGAUGCAUAUAGCGGCAAUCAGGUAGGCAGCCCCUUUAGGAUUGCCUACUGGAAUGCUGCAGGGGUGGGGAAUAAGUUACUAGAAUUAGAACUGUUUAUCCAACGCCACAAAAUUGAUAUAAUGAUGAUAAUAGAGACUCGUAUUAAUACUAGCGCAAAUACAAUUAUUAGCUCGAAUGUUUUGAAGAUUAAUGGGUACCUCACAUACUUUGCUACCCAUCCAGAUAACUACAAAAGUGGAGGUGUAGCAAUCUUAGUUAAAAAUGAUAUUAAGCAUAUCGCUUUGCAGCCAAUAUCGGAAAAUUUUAUGCAGUGUGCUCCAAUUGCCUUGAUGAGUAGCGAGAGGAAUAAAAAUAGAAUAAUAAUUGCAGCUAUAUACUGCCCACCACAGCCUAAAUGGUCUUCAGAGCAAUUUAGCAGGCUAUUCAAACACAUAGACGAUGGAUGCAAUGGCUCAUCUGGCUUUAUGCUAUGUGGGGAUUGGAACGCUAAGCAUACCUGGUGGGGCAAUAUACGAGGAUGCAAACGCGGGAAGGCGCUAAUGGAUAGCGUACACAAGAAUAGGCGCUAUAAUAUCCUAGCUACCGGCGGUGCCACUCACUAUCCAUAUGACAGGCGGAAAAUGCCGUCGGCAAUUGACUUUGCCGUAUAUGGCGGACUACAAAAUGCGCGACUAAGAACGUAUACGACGACAGACUUAGAUUCGGACCACUUGCCUGUUCAUAUUGAAAUGGGCAUAGAAGGGCUAAAUGUUGCUAAUAUGAUGAAAGGAAAUCGUAAAAUAUUGCUGCCAGUGAAUGCGAACAUAAAAAAGUUCCAAGAGUACUUAAAUCGACGCAUAUUGCUAAACAUUGAGAUAAGAUCAGGCGCCGAUAUAGAGGACGCUGUUGACAUCCUAAAUAAGAAUAUAUAUGAGGCAGCAGCAGACUCAAUACGAGAACAACGGCAUGGGCAGGAUAAACUGUACCGACGAACGAAUAGCGGACAAUAUAGGCUUAAUGGGCACUUACGAGGACUGAUAAAGAUGAAGCAGGUAUAUAAAAGGCAAUUAAUGCUUUUGCGUUGUCCGAAUGCAAGAAAAAUGUAUAGACAAGUACAAAAUCGGCUAAAGAAAGAGCUAUGUCUGUCAAAAGUGAAUACUAUGAAUGAGUUAUUGAAGCAGAUUGAUGUUCAGGAUCGCUAUAAAAUGCAAAAAUUAUGGAGGCUAACAAAUAAUUUGAAAAGGCAGCCGCAACCAAAUUGGCCGCUAAAGUUAGAGAUAGCUAGUGGCAGUAGUUGUAGGAGAAACGGCAAUAUAACGUGGACACGAAGUAAUGAGGAGAAGGCUGAAGCGUUUGCAUGUCAUUUGGAGAAACGCUUCACACCAAAUCUGACAAAUACACAGGUUGUGCGUAACCUGAUUGCAGAUGAGCUAUUAGAGCUAAAGCGAAAAAAGCUGGAGCAAUUCGAAGAGAAUACAGAUAAUAUGUCCGUUCUGCCAUUUCGUCCGAUAAGUGUUAGCGAGACUAUGCUAGAGAUAGAUAUGCUAGAGUUAAAUAAGUCUCCUGGCAUGGACAAUAUUGACAAUAGGGUUAUUAAAUCGUUGCCUGAGAAGGCGGUUAUAUACUUAGUACUUAUAUUCAAUUGUAUAUUGAGGUAUGGGUUUUUUCCUAGGCAAUGGAAAUGUGCAGAGAUCAGUAUGAUAUUAAAGCCUGGUAAAAGUACAGGAGAGAUAUCGUCAUAUAGACCAAUUAGUCUACUAGCAGGUUUCUCAAAAUUGUUUGAGAAACUGCUGCUGAAUAGGCUAUUCGAAUGCAAAGAGUUUGCAAAUGCUAUACCAAGCCACCAAUUUGGGUUCAGAAAAGACCAUGGUACCGAGCAGCAGCUGGCCCGUGUGACUCAAUAUAUAUUGAAUGCUUACGAGAAGCGACAAUAUUGCUCGGCUGUAUUUAUUGAUAUCAGCGAAGCGUUUGACCGUGUAUGGCACGCUGGGCUAUUAGUAAAAUUAAUAAAAUUGCUACCACUUGCACUGUACAACGUGCUGGAAAGCUACUUGGCUGAGCGAAUAUUUAUUGUAAAAUGCAACGACGGCAUAAAGUCAAGGCCUGGAAAAGUGUGUGCAGGCGUACCCCAGGGCAGUGUGCUCGGGCCUAUACUAUAUACAAUAUUUUCUUCAGACAUGCCACUACCUAGACUUGUAAUGAAAGAAUAUGCAUCGUUCGAACCCAAUAAGAUGCAGCUAUCAACAUAUGCUGAUGACACAAUAGUUAUGUGUGCAUCCCAAAAUAUAUUGGAGGCAGUGAAUCUAAAUGAAAAAUACUUAAUACAUUUGAUGCGUUGGGCAGAGAAAUGGUGCAUAAAGAUAAAUAGUAGCAAAACAGCGCAUGUAAUGUUUAGCACGCGGAGGCUGGAUGCAACACUAGUAAGGCUGUGUCCAAUGAUAAAUGGACAAACGAUCGAAAAUAACGGGCGGCACCGAUACUUGGGCUUAGUAUUGGAUAGAAAACUGACACUGAAUAUACACAUAACUCAGCUUUGCAUAAGGCUGCGUGGAGUACACAAAAAGCUGGACUGGUUGCUGGGAAAAAAUAGUAGGCUAGCUAGAAAUUGCAAGGCUGUGGUAUAUAAGCAGCUGAUCGCACCUAUAUGGCAAUAUGCGCUUCCUGUAUGGGGAGCACUGGUAUCAAAUUCGCAAAUAAAAAGGAUAGAAACAAUGCAGAAUAAAAUCUUGCGGGCAUGCAUGAAUGCCAGUUGGUAUACAAGGAAUCAGACGUUGAGGGAUACGUAUGGGAUAAAAAGCGUAGAUGAAGUAUAUCAGUUGGCUAGCGAUAGAUUUGCGAAGUCACUAAGCUGUCAUCCGAACAUUGAAGCUCGGAAACUGAUACUAGAGCCAUUUAUACCAGUGCGGCUACUAAGGCCCAGGUACACGGAGCAAUUGGAUAGAUGCAUGGCGCCACUACGGCAGCAGCAGUUAACACAGCAGAGAGAGGUAGCUGAGGAGAGGUUGCCAACGCUGCUGCAGCUAGAAGAAGAUGAGCAAGAGGCUGAAAGGAGGGCCGCUAUGCUUGCCGAGUGGGAACAGAGGCGAGCUAUGGGGCCACCAAAACGCUUUGAUGAAUGCACAAUAAACAUGCUUCGUCGCAAACUUAAAGCGGGCACAAUAACUCGCGAAAACUUAAUGCUGCUAAUCGACAACCAGCCACCACAGAUACAAUGGCUAAUUCUACCUGAGCUGCAGCACGAACACCUGCAGCGGCAGCAUCAGGAACUAAUACGGACGGCAGAGCCGGCCCCAGGGGCCAUAAUACAAUCGGCUAUAGAUACCGAUGAAUUGCAACUAGAGCGCAGCCUUGAUAUGUUGGAGCAGGCACUGGGACAGGAGAUGGAUGAAGCGCUCAUUAUUGCAGGAAAUAAUAUUCAUAUUGAAAUGCAGCAGCGGCUCGCAGACAAUGAGUCAGUGCAGCUGAAUACAAAUGAGCUGCAAAUGCAGCAUGGCCAACGGCUAUGCGGCAGCAGCACUAACAAUACAAAUGCUACUAAUACUAACAAUGUAAACAAUGAUAAUGAUAGUGAUUUUGAUAAUGAUGAAUUUGAAUUGUUCUUGUCAACUUACCUGCAGAAGAAGGCUGAAUUGAAUCCCUCGUUGGUACACUCAGUACAGCCUGGCCCGCUCUCCAUGCGGCGGCAAAAUAACUUAUAUCCCUCGCUGGUCUAUAUAGUACAGCCUGGCCCGCUCUCCCUGCGGCGGCAAAACGAUCUACAUCCCUCGUUGCAGCCUGAGACUGAGCCCGGCCCGCUUUCUCCGCGGUGGCAUAACUAUGUCCAUCCAACGAUGCAGCAGCAACUGCAGCCUGAUUCGCUUCCUGAGCGGCGGCAAAACAAUACAAAUUCCGUGCAGUUGCCACUGGAUUUGCCUGGGCUCAUUGUGGAGCGCCUGGUUGACAGAUGUCCAACGACGCAGCAGCUGAUGGAGCCUGGCCCCCCUGAGAAGCUGGAAAUGCAGCUGGUGCCUGUGCGGGGGCAGCCUGGGCCAUCACGGCCGCCAUCGAUGACCGAGCAUGAUUUGCAGCAACGACAAUCGACGCCUGUAAAGCGAAAGGUUGAGAAUUUAAUGCUGCCUGCAAAACGUAGAUGCACUUACCAAAUGGCGUCAAUUCGGAGGCGACUGCAAGGGCCGCUCCAAGAUGAGCUGCUGCCUGACAAGCGGCAGUGGCAGCAGCAGCGUAUCGGCCAGGAGGCACUGGCUGUGGCUGGGCCAUAUCCGAUGUUUUUCACAGCAGCCAUACCUGAAAAACGAAAAAGGCAAUUUAGACGGACUCCGCAAUGUAGGAAAAAAGCACGUACCUGCCUCCCAGCACACGCGGAACUCGUGCGGGCGCCCCUGCAGACGGAGCUGCAAUGGUCAAUGGCCAUGCUCCGGCCUCGAAGAAGUCCAAACUGGCCGACUGAGCGUGGCCCAUAUGGAAUCCAAAAUGCACACCAUGUGCACGACACUUUUAUAUGCAGCGACUCCUGUCUGCAUAGUGGUGUCCAUAAGAAGCGGCAGCACAAUCCAAUAAGCCAGCGGAGGCGUCGUCGGAUGCGGUCAAAUGCCCAUGCGAGGCUUAUUGCGCAUCAGCAAAUGAAUGCGUCGGCGCCUGUGUGGCGGCCUGUACAUGGCUGGCGGCGCCUGGCGCAUAGAAAAGCGCGACCUCUGAG